CUAGAGUCGAAAAUCAACAAAUAUCGACAUACCAAAAGUUUUUGACAUUCAGUAUAUUUUGAGCACUUGUCAACACUAAAUAGAAAAGUUGGGAAAACGUGCGAAAAAUGACUGGUCGUGAGGGCGGUAAAAAGAAGCCACUGAAGGCGCCCAAGAAGGAAGGCAAGGAGCUCGAUGAUGAGGAUAUGGCAUUCAAGCAAAAGCAAAAGGACCAACAAAAGGCGCUCGAAGCAGCCAAACAGCAGGCUUCCAAAAAGGGACCCCUUGUGGGUGGCGGCAUUAAGAAGUCGGGCAAAAAAUGAUCGCAACGCAUAAACUAUUAUUAUUUGAAGAAAUUUGUGAAAACACACACACACACACACACACACACUGACACAGACAGACAGACAGAUGCCCGAAUACACUAUGAAAAUUGCAUUUGCAAAAAUUCAGUUUUCGUCUAUGUAAAUUGACCAAAAUUGAGCAUUAAGCAGUUUACACAAUUAAUUUCUCGUUUUAUACUUACGAUUAAACACAAAUAGCGCAUUAAAUAUUGUCAUAAAAACAACAAA